AUGUCUCGCGCAAAGGAGAAGCAAGGAUCUCCACUCGCCACCAAAGCGAAAAGCACAUGGACUUUCCAAGCUGCAGAGAUUUCCCCUGAAGAUAUCGUCAAGCCCGUUCGGAGGGCGUUCAGCAAUCCCACUUUGACUUCGUCAACCUGGGAGCCUCAAGAGGGAUGGGGUCCCAGGAAGAAAGCGGACCUCGAAACCCCGUCGAUUGAUUGGCAAUCGAGCAUCGUCAAUUGGUGUGAUGGAUCCGCGUACAGAAGAACGUCUAUUCUCGGGUAUGGCGCCAGCAGUAUCGUCUACGCCGCACUCCACCGAAGUGGUCGGAAGUCUUACGCGUUAAAAGCGAUCCGAGCUGGUUGCUCGGGGAAAGUGAAGAGGGAAAUCUUUAUGCUGAACAAGCUCCGGGGAGGGCCCAACAUCAUACAGUUUCAUGGUGCAUUCAUCGACGGCAUGUCGUCCCUACCCAUCAUGGUGUUCGACAAUGUGUCAAUCACAAAUUGGGCAGCAAUGGAGGGCAAGCUCACUCCCGAAGAUCGUUGCUUCUACAGCUAUCAACUCUGCAAGGCAUUAGAGUUUGCUCACUCCAAAGACAUUAUUCAUCGCGAUGUUAAGCCCGAGAACAUCCUGAUAAACACCAAGACACGGGAACUACAUUUGAUUGACUGGGGUCUGGCAGAGUCUUACGUACCUGAGGGCAGCUACAAGCUUCAGAUUGGAACGGGUGUCUAUCGACCGCCUGAAGUGCUGCUGGGUAAUCGCCAGUACGACUGUUCCUUCGACAUGUGGAGCUUUGGAUGCAUCAUGGCUGCGGUGUUGUUUGAGGUGAAUGUAUUCUUCUGUGGGGAGGGUAACGUUGAACAGCUUCGCCGCAUUGUCGACAUACUUGGAGGCGCCGAUCUUCGUAAAUACUUGAACAAACAUGACUUCAGCUUGGCUACAGGAAUGCAAGAGGUCGUGGAACUCUCAAGGACAAAGCGCACGCAACUUGGGCCCCUUUGCCAGUUCUCCGCGUACUCUGGGAACUUGUUGUUGGUGGAUCUAGUGGAAAAGCUGCUACGCUACGAUCCGGCCGAACGCAUGACAGCAUCUCAAGCCUUAGCGCAUCCGUAUCUGAACACGUUGGCGAACUCACUCGAGUCCCAAGCUACAUGUAGUGACGGUAAAUGGGUUCGAGACAUCCCUCUCCCGGCCGAGUGCUAA